ACGCUCUCAAGCUAGCUCAGAAAUCCGGACAGUUAAAGUUGCCUUUGUUCAACGAUCGUUAGUGCGACUGGUCUAAAUCGCCUCGAAUCUUCUUAAUUCGGAGUAAAGUGUGAAAACGCCUGUGCGGAUCCGGACCUUCUUAUCGCCCUCGUCACGGGAUCACGCUUCAUUCACGCCCCUGAUCACCGGGUAUCCGUGGCCCGCCCUUCUCUGUGGCAGAGGCGACCUCGUUGUCGCCGGUUGAUUGUCUGAUUUCUCCUCUGGUUCGGUCCCUUGCAGCAUGUCGGCCGCCGUCAUGGCCGCCAAUACCACGUCCAACCUCAAUACCACCGAACCCAAGCCUGCCGGUGAUGAAGUUCCAUCGAGCACGACCAAUGCGGGUGGUAUGGGCUGGAAAUCUAAUUUGAAAAUCCCGGCCAAGGAUCGCCGGAAGCGAACCACUGAUGUGACUGAUACGAAAGGCAAUGAGUUCGAAGAUUUCUGCCUCCACCGCAAUUUAUUGAUGGGUAUUUUCGAAAUGGGUUGGGAGAAGCCUUCCCCCAUCCAAGAGGCGUCCAUUCCUGUAGCCUUGAGUGGGCGUGAUGUCUUGGCCCGGGCCAAGAAUGGGACCGGCAAAACUGGCGCUUACACCAUUCCCAUUUUGGAGCAGAUCGACACCACCAAAGAAUAUAUUCAAGGUUUGAUUGUGGUUCCGACUCGCGAAUUGGCGUUGCAAACGAGCCAGAUUGCCCUGGAAUUGGGCAAGCACCUGGGUGUGAAGGUUAUGGUGACCACCGGUGGAACCAACUUGAAGGAAGACAUCCUUCGACUGUACGAAAAAGUCCAAUUGAUCGUGGCCACCCCCGGUCGAAUCCUGGAUCUCAUGGAAAAGAAGGUGGCCAACAUGGAGAAGUGCAAAAUCCUCUGCUUGGACGAGGCUGAUAAGUUGCUCUCGCAAGAUUUCAAAGGCCUCUUGGAUCGUCUGAUUUCUCACUUGCCUUUGACGCGGCAAGUCCUAUUGUAUUCGGCCACGUUUCCCCUUACUGUGGAAGCCUUCAUGAGAAAGCACAUGAAAGACCCCUACGAGGUCAAUCUAAUGGACGAGCUCACACUCAAGGGAAUCACACAGUACUAUGCUUUCGUUCAAGAAAAGCAGAAGGUCCAUUGCCUCAAUACACUUUUCUCCAAGCUUCAGAUUAAUCAGAGCAUCAUCUUCUGCAAUUCCACUCAACGCGUCGAGCUCUUGGCCAAGAAGAUCACUGAACUCGGCUACAGUUGCUACUACAUUCACGCCAAGAUGGCACAACCUCACAGAAACAGGGUGUUCCACGACUUCAGGGCAGGGCUCUGCAGGAACCUCGUUUGCUCAGAUUUGUUCACUCGAGGUAUCGAUAUUCAAGCCGUGAAUGUGGUGAUCAACUUCGAUUUCCCUCGCAUGGCAGAGACCUACUUGCAUCGCAUUGGUCGCUCUGGCCGUUUUGGUCACAUGGGCGUGGCUAUCAAUCUCAUCACCUACGAAGACCGAUUUGACCUCCAUCGUAUUGAACAAGAACUGGGCACGGAAAUCCGACCCAUCCCCAAGGUCAUAGACAAGAGCCUCUAUGUGGCAGAGUUCCACACUGAGGAGGAUGAACAAUAAGCCCCACACGCGCAAGAGCCAAUAAACUCACGCCACGCCCACCCACAAAGAAAAUACGCCGGGCCGUGUUAAGCGUGCGCUCUCAAGCGUCCAACAAAGAAUCCUUCAAAAUUGUCAUUUUCGUCAACUCCAAGCAAGCCGCUUGGGCGUGUCAGUGCUAAGGGUGUUGACCUGUGUCGUAAAUCCUGUCUGGAAUGAAAGACUUGCCCCGACCCUCAACUUAUGAACUAAGGUGAAUCCGAAAGCGAAUAUCUUCCAAAUGUGUCUCCAGCGGGAGGCGAGGCCAGUCAAGAAAGCUUAUGAAAAAGCCACGCCCUCUAUUUAUACAUAGUCUCUUGUCUCGCCGCAUUUCCAGACCUCCAGCCAAUUCUCUAAAAACGGUACCAUUACCCUCAUAGCUCUAUUUUUAUGCCUAUCAUUCCUUGAAGCCCAAACCUGAAAAGGGCUGGAAGAAAUCAGUGUUGCGGCCACGCCCCCACUAAUAGUUUGCGUGAAGAUUCCAAACUGCUCUGUGCGAGCACUCGCUCGAGUCUCAUCCGCUCCUUUGGCUGCAAGAUAUGAACAAUCCUGGCAAGGAUUCGACCCCGCCCUCUCGCACCCUCAAGCACUGCUACACGCCCUCGACUGGCCAAGAAAAAUCUGUGAUCCCACACCCACCUUUGAUAAGAGUGUCAAUAUUCAGUUCUUUCGGGAUCGAAGUCAGACCCUCUCCAUCCACGUGGGCUGUGAAAACCAACCAACAACCAUCUACAAAAAUACAAAACACCUAAAAAGAAAUUUUAAAAAGAACUAAAUUUUUUGAGGAGCUCUUCUUUCAACCAUUCAUUAUGAGCAGAGGGAUACACCACCACCACAUCAACCCUCCAGAUUGUAAAGAAAACUCAGGCGUCCAAGAACCCAUUGGUCUACAUGUAAGAGUAGUGUCAUACCGAUAUUUAUCAAUGAAUUGUCCCUUCAAUUGUUCUGGUCUCUCCACACAUCUGUCUUGACUCAUUUCCCCACCGUAUUCCUUCUUACCAUGAAGAAAUGUCGUCUUCAGUUCAUGCAUUCCCACCUUUUUUAUUACCCUUAUUUGUGUCAAAGCUGGUUCGAAGCAAGCUGAUCCUUUCAUUCAAGUGAAAGGUUCAACCAUAACGAAUUUUGAGUUGGAACCAAGUGAAACCGCUCCAAAUACUCAUCUGGCUCGCCAAUUUUGACAAUCAAGCGCUCUGUUGAGGUUUCUUGGCGAGCACUUUUGCCAACCGAGAAACAUUACUUGGAAAACCAUUCUCACUCAACCCGUGCGUCCAUUCUAGUGUUCCUUCAAUUUCCUUCGAAUUCUGUUCAUUAGUCUAAAUCGGUGUAUUCUCUGCGUGUUACUAUGUUGAACCAUACCUUUGUAUCACAUACCAACUUUUGACCCAUCUUGGAAACGAACAUCAAAUAAAUGCCUACUCCUCUA